AUGAUUAUGAAAUGACACUGACGGGCUUAACAGAAAUCAAACCAUGCGAGGAAGACGAUAAUGAUAUACCAGAAAUUCAACACGAUUUGAUUCCCAUAUCGCACUUGGCGAACCUAGAACCAAAUACAACUGUCGAUACAAUUGGUAUUUGCAAAGAAGUUGGCGAACUACAAACAUUCACCUCACGCACUACCAAUAAGGAAUUCAAAAAGCGCGAACUGACACUUGUUGACUCUAGCAAUGCUGCUGUAAGCUAA